UUUCGCUUUUUUUUUUUGGGGGGGUGUGGCCACUCUGGAGACAGCCUUACCUGCUUCGAUCAUUCAUUCUUUGCUAGUUCAUCUCUCUCUUCCUUGAUUCGCCGAUUCAAAUUUAUUGCAUCUCUCUUGAUCUGUGACUGCCGUUUUGAAGAAAUCUGCGGAAAUUCGAAGUUCUAAGUCUGACAAUUUUCGAAAUUCAGCAUCGAAUUCACAUUAUUUUCUUUCUUAAAUUUCAUUGUAUUUGAUCCAUUACUGUAACUACAAGAAUCGUUUGCUCCACACUAAGCAGCAGCAGCAGCAGCAGCAGCAGAUAUGGCUUCGCCGAAGACGAAGACGAACAGAGCUGGUUUAUCUGAAACUACACCGAGCAAGUCAUCGUCUCCCGCCACUCCAAGAAUCACUAAACUGAGUAGAGGAGUGGCUAAAUCCGAAGCUAAUGUUCCAUCACCGACUCAAAAUCCUCGGCUUUCAACCGAUCGUGCUUCACAUUCUGCAAGCUCAAAGCCUUCGCCUUCUAGUUCCGAGCGUUCUCCACAUUCUGCCAACUCAAAGCCUUCCACUGAAAGGCGAUCUCCAAAGGUUCUAACCCCAACGGAAAAAACCAGAGCACGUGUAGUGACAGGGUCGGAGUUACAAACCCGAUUGAGUCAGAUUCAGGAAGAGUUAAAGAAAUCAAAUGAGCAGAUUGUAUCUCUGGAGAAGGAGAAAGCUAAAGCACUUGACAAACUCAAAGAAGCACAGAAAGAGGCUGACGAGGCGAUUAAGAAGCUAGACGAGUCUUUGGCAGCUCAGAAGAAAGCUGAGGAGAAUUCUGAAAUUGAGAAAUUUCAGGCCGUCGAUGCGGGCAUUGAGGUGUCCCAGAGAAAUGAAGAGGAAUGGAAGAAAGAGCUCGAGAACAUGAAAAACCAACGUGCUCUGGAUUCUUCUGCUCUUCGCUCGGUCUCUGAGGAGCUUGAGAAUGUCAAGCAAGAUCUGGUUGCUGCCAUUGAUGCCAAAAGUAAAGCCUUGAGCAGAGCAGAUGACGCGAGCAAGAUGGCCGACGCCCAUGCAGAAAAAGUGGAAAUCUUGUCUUCGGAGUUGAUACGGUUGAAAGCUUUACUGGAUUCAACACGAGAAAGGGAAACACUUUCGACCAGUGAAAUUUCCUCAAAACUGAGUUCUGAGAUAGAGGUUUUGAGAGGAGAACUUGAGAAAGCGAGGAGUUUAGAGGCAGAGAUAAAAGAACGAGAGAUGAUUAUUGAGCAGCUCAAUGUGGAGCUUGAAGCUGCAAAGAUGGCAGAAUCUAGUGCACACAGCUCAGUUGAGGAAUGGAAAGUCAAAGCCAAAGAACUGGAGGAACGACUAGACAAAGCUAGCGAACUGGAGAGAUCUGCUUCGGCGUCAUUAGAAUCUGUGUUGAAACAACUUGAAGGAAGUAAUGAUAGAUUGCAUGAAGCUGUAUCUGAAAUUGCAGAUCUUAAGAAGAAAGUCGGAUCAUUGGAGAUUACAGCACAAAGACAAAAAGAAGAUCUUGAGGAAUCUGAGCGCCAUCUAGGCAUUGCCAAGGAAGAAUUCUCUAAGUUCGAAAAAGAGGUGGAGAAACUGAAGAAGGAGCUUGAAACUGUGGAGAAGGAGAAGGAUCUGGCUCUAAAGAGUGAACAAGAUGCUGCUUCAAGUGUUGAAAGGCUCAUGGGAGAGAAGAACAAGCUCAUAUCUGAACUGGAGAGAUCGAAGGAGGAAGAGGAGAAGAGUAAGAAAGCAAUGGAGAGUUUAGCUUCGGCCUUGCAUGAGGUCUCAACUGAGGCAAGGGAGUUAAAAGAGAAGUUGUUGAAUCAGGGGGAUCACGAGUAUGAAACACAGAUUGAAGAUUUGAAAUUGGUGAUUAAGGCUACGAAUGAGAAGUACGAGACCAUGCUUGAUGAGGCGAGACACGAGAUUGAUGUUCUUGUCAGCGCAGUGGAGCAAACCAAGAAACACUUUGAGAGCUCGAAGGGCGAUUGGGAGAUGAAAGAGGCCAAUUUGGUUAAUAAUGUGAAGAAAAUGGAAGAAGAAGUUGCUUCAAUGGGGAAAGAAAUGAAUAGGUUGUCUAAUUUGCUCAAGAGAACCGAGGAAGAAGCCAAUGCAGCAGAGAAGAGAGGAUCCCAGAUGGAAAACCACCUAAAAGAAGCGGAAGAUGAGGUGAUUUAUCUUCAGGAAAAUCUUGCUGAAGCUAAAGCCGAAAGCAUGAAACUAAAGGAGAAUCUUCUGGAUAAAGAAACUGAAUUCCAGGGCAUCGUGCACGAGAAUGAGGAACUGAGAGUGAAGGAGGAAGUUUCUCUGAAGAAGAUCGAGGAGUUGACUAAGUUACUCGAGGAAGCAUUGGCCAAGAAUCAAAGAGAAGAGAACGGAGAGCUCAGUGAGAGUGAGAAGGACUAUGACUUGCUUCCAAAGGUGGUUGAGUUUUCAGAGGAGAAUGGCCAUAGAAGUGGAGAAGACAAGUCUUCUAAGGUAGAUAACCUCGACGAAACUCCACAAGAAGACUUGAGGAAUGGUCUGAAGGAUAAAGAUGCGAAUGGGAAACCCGAGGAAAAGAAAGAAGAUUCAACAGAGGAUGAUUCGGUGGAAGAUGAAUUCAAAAUGUGGGAAAGCUGCCAAAUCGAAAAGAAGGAAGCUUUUCCAGACAAGAAGUCAGAACAAGAGUGCCCAGAAGAAGAAGGAGAAGGGGAAGAAGAUUUAACCAAGAUAGAUGAAAGCGACAAAACCUCCACGGAGAAUAUAGAUGAAACUGGAAAUGCAUUGAGUGCAGAAGAGCAGCAAGACAAGAAGAAGAAGAAGAAGAGCAAGCAGAAGAAGACAUUGUUUGGUAAGGUUGGGAAUCUUCUCAAGAAGAAAGGACCUGUUAACUCGAAAAUAACAGUUCUUGAUUCAGUGAAAUAACUCGAGGUAAGCCAAACACACGCUCUAUACAUACAUAUAUACAUAUGUGUAUAUAUAUGUGUAUGUAUAUCCUUUAUUCGAUUUCAUCAGUAUUAUAACAUUUGAUUGGUUGUGUAAUGUCUUUCCAAAUAGGUUUGUGUAAUGUUGAUGCAGAUUCUUUCCUUCUUUCAAUGUUUCCGUUUCUCUUGUUCUUCCUUCUGAAAAUUUCUUCUUGUAUGUAGACAGACAUAUAGAGAUAUAUACUGAUUGGUAUUUGUGAUUGUUUA